AUGAAACCAGAAACUUUAGUCAAGAAAAUAAUAGAAGCUAUAGAAACAGCUUCACCAACUACAAUAACUUAUAAUGUCAGAGACGAUAUAGAUUUAGAAAGAAUUGAAGCAAAUGCAAAAGAAGGUGGAUUUUUACCUCUCUUUCCUUUAAUAUUUGCUGGUAUUACUGCGGCGGGUGUAGCAACUGGUGGAAUAUCUGCUGCAGUCAAAGCUGCCAACGCAAAGAAAGCUGCUAUUGCAGAAGCUGCUGCUACAAAAGCUGCCCAUGAAAAGAAAACAGCCGAAGAACAUAGACAUAAUUUAAGAAUGGAAAAGUUGGACAAAGGUUCAGGAGUGGGAGAAAUGAUAGGCACAAUAACAGAAUUUGGAAAAAGAUUUGGGGAAGAAACCAAGAAAACUGUUAAACAAGGAUUAAAUAAAUUAGUAGAUAGUAUUGACACGGGAGAAGUCAAAGUCAAACAUAAGGGUAAUGGAAUAUUUUUCAAAAAUAUACACACUGGAGAAGGAAUAUAUCUUUCGAAGUAUAAAGGAGAAGGAGUUAUUUUUGGAACAAAUUAA